CGAUACACCGUGGUCGGUACGGCAAAAACUCAAGAGCCGUACCGACCACGGUGUAUCGAUGAAUGCAUGGAUGUGGUGAUGAGAGUGGGAACGGCACCCGCAACAUGCAGUAAAACCAAGUUAGACAGCAUUGUAGGGUAUUUCCAGCAGAACAAUUUAAACUUAAUUGUUUCAGAUAAAGAAGGAGGAUUUAUUGUAGCUCUCCAUGAUAUUUACACGAACAAGGCAAGAAUGGCCAUCGGGAAAACUUUUAAGAAACUAGAAGGUUACAAGUCCAAGUCAGUGAAGGCCAGAGCUCUACAACUGUGCCACACGUUUGAGUUAGAGCAAUUACGAAAACAGAUAACAUCAGCCGAUAAAGACCAACUGGGCUUAUUCUUCACCGGGAAAACACACAAAGAAGCGUGUCCUUUCCGUGUGGUCAUUACAGAAAAAGGAUCGUGGCAAGGAGCCAUGUCAAGGUUCCUCCAACGCCAAUUGGCAACCCUACGACUGAAUGACCCUUUUCUGGUCUCCAAUUCUGAGAAGGUGAUUGACUAUCUGGAAAACAACAUCUUAUCUGUUCGGUAUGGCCUAUCCCUCGAUGUAGAAGACUUAUUUUACUCCAUACCUCACGAGGGGAUGUUUACUGCUUUGAGAGAACACAUUGAAGCCAAUGGAGAAGUAGCCUUUCAGAACAACUGUGGAAUGGCAGUGGAUUCCUUCCUUGAGCUUCUACGGUUUUACUUGAACUCAACUGUGGUAACGUUCAAUAAAGAACACUACAUACAGAAGAGAGGAAUCUGCAUAGGAUCCUGUGUAGCUCCUGCUUUGACAGAUGUUUACCUCUCGAAAUGUAAUAGAGCCAUUGAUGACAGCCUUGACAUUCCCCAGGUUAGUCGUAUGUUCAGAUACGUAGACGACUAUCUUAUCCUCCUCAAUGCCAGACCCAAAUGUGAGACACAGUUCAUGGAUUCCGUUCAAACGACAUUCGAAGAACACGCCGGGGGACUAAAGUUCACGCAUGAAUGGCCGGAAAACCAGUCCCUCCAAUUCUUAGAUCUCAAAAUAACAUUCCACGAAGACAGUGCAUGCUGGAUGUACGCCCCACGAACAAAGAAAAGUCUUCUGCAAUUCGACUCCGCACACACGAAGCUCGUCAAGAGAGGAAUUGUUGCAAGUACGUUGGGGGCGGCUCUGAGGAAGUCUUGCGACCACACAGCAGGAGAGAGCUUCAACAACCAGCUGCAGAGACUUCGCGCUUCAGGGUACCCGACUUCAGUUAUUUCCACCAUCGUGGAGAGCAUGUUAAAACAACGUCAAAGAGGAAGUCCAAACCGAACAAGGAUCCGACCUGUGGUAAAGCCCUACAUUCACCGUCUCUCCCAUAACCUAAAAAAAGUAGCCGCAAAGUUUGAGGUUCCUAUCCUCCUCACAGCGCCCGACAAACUUAAAAGAUUAUGUCCAAAAAUCAACGAGCAGCGGGAUACACACGACCUAUGUAAAAUCAAUCAUGCAAGAAAGUUCGUGGAAUGUCAGAGCGGCAUCAUAUAUGAAAUACCGUUGUCAUGUGGGAAGGUGUAUCUGGGACAAUCUGGAAGGUGCAUCAAUGUGAGACUUAGGGAACAUGCACUUUCUCUAAACUCAACGCCAGCGGGCCAUCUUGCCGUGCAUGUGAGAGAUUGCGGGUGCACACCAAGGUUUCCUGAGACUAAGGUGCUUAAACAUUUUAAGGAUCAAAAGACUAGAGAGGUGUACGAGGCGUGCAAGAUCGCGAAUAAGGGCCUAGCCUGCAUAAGUACGCCUUCGAUUGCACUGACGGCGAAAGAGCUCCAAUUUUUGAAUUUUAGUCCCUAA